AUGUCAUCCUCCAGCACGAGUAAUUGGGGCAUCUCAGCAUCCCGGGCCACAUCGGCCACGUCGCCCGAGAAAAGCGCGAGCUCCCAUGUCUCACCGGCCUCACAGGCACCACCACCGCCGAGCACGGCGCCGACCCAGAGAAAGCUACGGAGCUGUGUGACAUGUCGCACGAGAAAAGUCCGGUGUGAUAAGACCUCACCGUGCUCCAACUGUCGCCGCGCCAAUAUCCCGUGCGUUGUGCCGUCUACGGAGAAGCUGCCGCGAUGGGCGCGUCGCCUGGAGAGAGCUACUACCCGCGCCGAAAGUGAUGAUCCAGCUACUGGCCAAGUGUUUAAUCGACUGAAAAGUCUCGAGGGUCUUGUGCGGGAGCUUAGCGGACAGUUGGAGAGGGUGCAGGCUGGAGGUGCUUCGUCCGCUGUUGUACCGAAAGAUGUUGAGCCGCGAGAAGUUCGUGCUGGACCUGAUGAAUCGUCUGCGAACUUGUCGACAGCGCAGAAACAGUUUGGGAGGUUAGUUAUUGGGGAUGCAGGGCAGAGUCGAUAUGUUGACAGUGGGUUCUGGUCACGGAUCAACGACGAGCUCAACGGCCUUAAAAUGGACACUGAAGUCCUGCACGAUGACUAUGAAUCGUCAGAGGAUGAAGACAUGACAAGUAAAGACACACCGUCGACGCAGGAACUCGAUCGCGAUCCGGCGGAGCGAAAUGCCUUCAUGUUUGGGCAUAACCUUGACUCGAGAGCAGUUGACCUUCGCCGCUUGCAUCCUCUCCCCUCUCAACUUCCCUUCAUACUAAACAUUUUUCACACAAGCAUCAACUCUAUGGGCCAAGUUGUUCACAUGCCGACCCUCAACAAGAUGAUCCGAGACCUCCCAUCUGGUGAUCUAUCGGCGUUGUCACCUCCUGACGAAGCCCUAAUGUUUGCAAUCUAUUACUCUUCUAUAACUUCCAUGGAGGAUGAGGACGUCACCAUCUCGUUUGGAUCUUCCAAGUCAGACCUCAUGCUCAAAUAUCGCCACGGGCUGGAGCUCGCCCUCGCCAAAGCCGACUUCCUCAACACCUCUGACAUUGCCAUAGUCCAAGCCCUCGUCAUUUCUCUCAUGCUUGUCCGCCGCCACGACAGUCCUAGGUAUGUAUGGAUGAUGACCGGGCUCCUCAUCCGAAUGGCUCAAGCGCUGGGUCUGCAUCGUGACGGCAGCAAUUUCGCACACUUGACUCCAUUCGAGGUGGAAACAAGGCGCAGGCUCUGGUGGAUUGUAUGCGUGAUGGAUUUGCGAUCCUCGGAAGACCAAGGCAUGGAUCUUACCAUUGCAGACGGAAGCUUUGACACCAAAUUUCCACUCAGCAUCAAUGACGACGACCUACACCCGGAUACCAAGGACAUGCCCGAAGAACGAGAAGGACUUACAGACAUGACAGUGCCGCUGGUCUGGUACAACCACUGCCAUGCGAUGCGACAGAUGUACGUCAUGUUAACUGGCAAAUCUGGCCCGCAGACUCUUGAAAAGCAAAGUCGCCUUCUUGACGAAAUCUACGGUAAAUUGGAGGAGCGAUAUCUCAAAUACUCUAACCCAGACGGCAACGCACAGUACUUGAUGUUUAUAGGCGUCACCAGGAUUGUCGUUUCGAAAAUGACCCUCGUCAUUUAUCUGCCCGAGCUCUUUUCCUCUCCCACGGAGCGCUUCUCUGAUGAAGUUCACACUAAACUACUCGUCGCUGCCAUUGAGAUUGCAGAAUUCAACCACAUGCUCAACGGGUCGAAGGCGUGUCAGCCUUGGCGAUGGAUUUUCCAGACAUACACGCACUGGCAUGCCAUUGUGUAUCUCUUGCUUACGGCUGCGCAAAAACCAUGGUCGCCUACCGUGGAAAGAGGAUGGACCGCCUUGCAUAGUAAAUGGCUGAUUCCGGCCCGCAGAAGCAAAGAUUGGAACCUGCGUACCUGGGUGCCGUUGCGGAAGCUCAUGGCCAAGGCGAAGCAGCAUCGGGGAGCGGAGAUAGAGCGAUUACGGGGCGAUCACCAAGCUGCGAGGGCGCUGGAAGAGAAAGAUCGAGGGUUUCCUCAGCCGGUUAGCUCGGGUGUUUUCCAGGGCCAGGGGGAUGUAGCUGAGAUGUUUCGCGUGCAGUGGCGACAACUUGUUGGUCUGCAGGCGGGUUAUGGUGCAAACUUGACGUCUGAAGAGGUAGCUGCUUCAGAUACGGGGGGUUCCGGGGCUGUAUUUGGGUCUGAAGGGAAUGUCAAGUCUGGUAUUACUUCGCAUGGGAUGGGCAGAAACCUUGGUCAGGGUAAGGGCUUGAACUACGACAUGGACAGCUUUGCUCCGAUGUCUGGAGAGUCAUCCGGCCAGCCUUUCGAUCAGGACUUUUCUUCCUGGCAGUGGGAAGAGUCGGGUAUAUUGGGAAACUUUCCAACUGGUGUGGAUAUGGAGGGCGUGGAUUUUGAUGUGGAAUUGGAUGGGACGAUGGACUGGAAUAAAUGGCUACAAGAUGUGCAGUAA